AUGUCAACUACCAACUUCACUUCAUCGACAAUGGACGAGAAAAAGAUUAUAUUUUUAUGGUGCCAUCCUAGGUCGACAUCAACCGCUUUCCUACGCACUUUUAUACAGCGAGAAGAUUUUAUUGUCGAGGAUGAACCUUUUGAAUAUUCGCACUUCUUUGGUCCUGAGCGCUUGUCAAACCGUUAUAGCGAAAAAUAUUGUGAUCAAGACAAAUACGGCAAGGAAACAUUUGCUAACACCGUUGAAAAAAUUCUGAAAAUGGAAACCAGUGGAAAAAAGAUUUUUAUCAAGGACAUGCCGAAACACAUAAUCAGACCCGACUAUCUAUUGCAUCCCGACAAUCCCACACUAUUGCCGCUGCACUUCAUUAAAGCGUGCACGCAUACGUUCCUUAUACGUACACCAGAGAAGUCUAUACCGUCGUAUUAUCGUUGUUAUUCAAGCGGGCAAUGCCCUGGCUACGACCAUUUUGAUACGACCGAGGCUGGCUAUUGGCAAUUGCAAAUCAUGUAUGAAUUUUUGACCAAUACCAACAAUGGUUCUCGUCCUUUACUCAUUGAAUCGGAUGAUCUUCUGCGAGAUCCAAAGUCUAUGAUGAUAAAGUACUGCGACGGAAUACAAGAAGAGUUUGACCCAAAAAUGCUACAUUGGAAACCACUGACUCUGGAGGAGUUGAAGGAUUCGCAGGGUUUUAAUGAUGCAAUUCAAAGUUCUACUGAGUUGAAAGAAAUCCAGCAUGAAUAUAUUCCAUAUCCUAAUGUGGUACGCGAUACAAUCAAGAUUUACAUGCCUAUAUACGAAGCGCUGAAGAAAUUUCGUAUUUAG